CCAGCUGCUGUUACACCUCAAAGCAGAAGAAGAAGAAGAGCCCAACGCGGAAGUCAUGAAGGCUACGCUAGUAAUGCUAAUGCUAACCGGCUGUGUAGUUAUCCUCGGUUCUUGCUGACAGUAAUUCACCUUGCGUUCUCACCAGUUAAUUUUCACUGUAAUUUACUUAGCUGCUACAAAGCUGCGUGACUGUGCUGUAUAUGUGUCCCUGUUUUGUGAAAUAUUCAUGCAGCUGAGGCGCUAACAAUGAGAGAAGGAGUGUGUAUCCUGUGACUCAGCUCUUGUGUAGCCAUGGAGAAGCCCUGGAGGCUGUGGGGGGCAGUGGAGCGUUGUACCCUGACUCUGGCCUCCUGGUCUUGGGGUGCAUGCCGAGUCUCCCUUUUGGCUCUCAUCCUCACCUUCCACCUGUAUGGCGGAUUCUUCCUCCUAGCUCUUAUCCUAGCCUCUGUGGCAGGCAUCCUCUACAAAUUUCAGGAUGUGCUCCUCUACUUCCCUGACCAGCCCUCCUCCUCUCGCCUUUAUGUUCCCAUGCCAACAGGAAUCCCUCAUGAAAAUGUGAACAUUCGCACCAAGGACGGUGUAAAGCUUAACCUCAUCCUGCUUCGCUACACAGGAGGCGACACACCUCCUGGAGUCACCCCUGGCAAUCAAAGCAGCCCCACGUCCUCUGCUCCACCUACAAUCCUAUAUUUCCACGGUAAUGCAGGUAAUAUUGGUCACAGGGUGCCAAACGCCCUGCUCAUGCUGGUCAAUCUAAAAACCAACGUGGUGCUGGUGGACUACCGUGGCUAUGGAAAAAGUGAGGGUGAGCCCAGUGAGGAUGGGCUGUACCUGGAUGCAGAGGCCACACUGGACUAUGUCAUGACCCGUCCUGAUCUGGACAAGACAAAGGUGGUACUAUUUGGCCGCUCACUGGGGGGUGCUGUGGCUGUGCGUUUAGCAUCAGUCAACCCUCACCGUGUAGCAGCCAUUAUUGUUGAAAACACCUUCCUCAGCAUCCCCCACAUGGCAGCGACACUCUUCUCCUUCUUGCCAAUGCGCCUGCUGCCUUUGUGGUGCUAUAGGAAUCAGUUCCUGUCCUAUCGACAGGUGGUGCUGUGCCGCAUGCCCUCGCUGUUUGUGUCUGGUCUGUCGGACCAGCUCAUCCCACCUGUCAUGAUGAAACAACUGUAUGAGCUGUCUCCUGCGCGGACUAAACGCCUGGCUAUCUUUCCAGAGGGCACACACAACGACACAUGGCAGUGUCAAGGCUACUUUGCGGCUUUGGAGCAGUUUAUAAAAGACCUGCUGAAGAGCCACGCCCAUGAGGAGAGUGCCCAGCCCUCAUCUAGUGUCACCAUUAUCUGAAAUAAAAAGUCAUGGACUGAUUGUUGACUACAGGUUGUGGGCUGGAGGAAGUGAAGGCUGACAUGGGAAACUGAUUGGAUGGACUUGAUUGAUUUUUUUUUUUUUUUUAGAAAGAAUGUAAAAAAAAAAUAUAUAUAUAUAAAAAUGUUUUUCUCUGGGUUUCUAUUUUAUUUAACUCUUUCUACCUUUCUGUAAAUGUAACAUUUGUUCAAAUGAUUUGACUAUUUCAAGGUUUGAAGAGAGGGUAAUAAUGCCUUUCUUUUGUUUUACAGCUAUGAAUGCAUGUAUUUAUGACCUUAAAUGACUAAAGCCAGAUCAUACAUGCCCGCACUGCAAUCACAAAAUAUUUGCUGUCAUUGGGUCUACAGAAAUUAAUUUAAAUCACUGAAACAAUUGCUCAUCACAUACUGACAAUAUGAGGACCUACACUAUUACAGUGAAAACUGAUUACUACUGGAAUUAAAAUUAAACUUCUUCUGAUAAAGAAAAUGAGACUGAUAAUAUCUAGGCCUAUACUGUAUAUAUCUUUGUUAAUACAUAACAUUGCACUUUCUUUUGUUCAGAUUUACACAAGUGUUGAGUUAUGUAUGCUAACAUCUUCUGAGCAAUACUUUGAGGGGAAUAAGUAUGUUUUUUCUCUCCCUUUUUGAUGAGGAACAUGGUGAGUCCUUGCAGCAGCUUGGCAUGACAUGAUUUAAUAUUUAUAUAUACCCUUACAAAUUGUGUCUGGCACAUAGCAUUAAAAACUUGUUGAAUAAUUAUAUUCAGCCCAAAAGUGUUGAGUGUUGAGUGCUGAGAUAAAGUGGUCAGUAAGAUAAGUGUGAUGUAUUUGUUACUUCAGCCUAUCAAAAAUAACUUAAGAACUUAUUUCCUGUCAAACUACUUCUGUUUCAGUGCGAUUUGGAUAAGCUAUAAGAUAUUCUCCCUGUCAAAAUGUCCUGUUGAAACAGCACACAGGAUAGUCUAGGGCUGCUCGAUUAUGGAAAGAAUCAUAAUCACAAUUAUUUUGGUCAAUAUUGAAAUCACGAUUAUUUUACACGAUUACUCAUUGGCUUUUGGAAAGACGUAAUUAUUGAAAUUAAAAAACAACGGUUAAACAAAUCAACAGUGAAAACACCUUGAACUGUGAAAUUUCCCUCAUACUUUUUCCGUUUGAGCCUUUUUUUAAUUUCCAUUCAGAACACAGGACAAAAUAAGAGUUGACUUAACAAAAUGUAAUGUGCAAAAUAAUCGUUUUUCUCGAUUACUCUGCUUUUGGGAUCGUUAGGAGCAGAAAUCGUAAUCGCGAUUAAAAAUCGAUUAACUGCACAGCCCUAGGAUAUUCUUUACUCUUAAAUGGGCUGUAGUUGCUGUUUAGCAACUUUGGCUCCUGUAGUUUGGUAAGGAGCAUUUGCUUUGUGUAUUGUUUGUUAUUAAAUGGUGGGUGCAGAUUUCUUUAAGUCUAUCUUAGUACAACGCUGUAACACGUGCUCAUAUGUACACUGGAAUGUUAUUAGUGUGUCGCUGUAGUCCUCCUUUCCGUACUGAUCCUGAAGAGAGAAUGUUUCUAACGUAAAUCCAAAAUAAUCCAAGAAGAGAUGGGGAUCAAAACACGCAGCCUCUUUUUAUGCAAAAAAGUAGGAAGAGUUGAGCGGAAGCUAAUAUAAGGCUUCAGCAGUCGGAAUAAGAGGAAUGAAGUGGGUAUUUUCCUCCACCCAGAUCACUAAGGAAACACAGUUUAACACUUCUGUCUAACUGACUGAAGCCUUAUAGUAAGAAGACUAGAUAUUUCCCCCCUGACUCUUACACUCUGAGCAAUCAAUGACUGUCCGCAUACAAACGUGGGCAUGUGACUAUUGUAUCCAGGCAGUCUUGAAAAAAAUCCAAACCUAUCUAAUGAAGUGUGAGCUUUUUUAAUCUAAUGUUGUGAUUAUUUGUUUUAUAUUAUCAGCAUCAUAAUUGUUACUUGGAUGAUUCUAGGGUCUCAUGUGGCAAAAUGGCUUUACUCAAUUGGAGGGCUUUUAUUGUGCUAACUAACCUUUCCUGCAUGUCUUCCAAGAGGUGGAGCUGAGUCUGAUUGUUAAAACACUGUUAUCUGCUCUUGCUUUCCAAAUGCAGCGUGCUGCACUGCGGUGGUACUAAAGCCAUUUGAAUACAGACCUCCUUAGCCAUAUUUGAUACUGUUUGUAAACAGUAUGCUAAACAAAAUCUAACAAACAUCAAAAGACCAAAUUUGUUUGUCAAUAUGAACUUGAAAAUGGUCUAAAGGCUGCUAUGAAUGUAAAUUAUGGUCUUAAAUUAACAAGUGGGCUUUACAAGAAAUAGUGUAUAGAUGGUCUUUUCAACUUUUUUUGUGUGACUUUUUGCCACCAGUGACACAGAACAGUUUCAGACAUUUUUGUAUUAUUUCAAACCCAUAAACUGAGUUAGAUUUAUCUCAUAUGUUGGUAUAGCAUAUUGUCGAUCUGAAUUCCACCAUGUGAAUAUACACUCAUUUAGUUUCACACACUUUGUUUUACACACUUCUGCUGGUUGCAUUGCACCAUAUUAUCAUUCAAGUAAAGAUAUGGGAACUUGUCAUUAUUCAUUUGACUUAUUGUUUUGGUGGCUUGCUUGAAGCAAAAUUAAUAACUAGAAUAUUGGGUUUAUAUCCUAUCCAAAUGUAUUGUUACUGUUGAUGAAAAGAAAUGGAAUCAAACUGAAUGUCUUAAUUUUUUUUAUAAAGAAGAUCAUUUGCCAGGUAUUCUGCAAAUGCACUAUGGAACAUAUUUUUAUAUGUUCAUAUAAUUGUUAAUAGAGUGGAAUUAAUGCUGUUGGAAGUGUUGGCAUCAUUUUGAAUUUGCAUUUGGAAGCUGGCAUGUGAUCACAUUGAGUCUUGGCAAAUUUCUGUAAUGGACCUGCACAGUGUUGAUAUUAUUUGUGUACAUCUACCAUGACUUACAGUGAGUCCACAGUGAAGAAACAUUAAUGGGAUAUCUGAACGGUAAGACAUCUGAAUGAUUCGACUUUAUCUAGUCAGUUUGAGGGAUUUUCCAUUUUACUUGUUAAUGUUUUUUUUCUAUAUCAAAACAAUGUAGACAAAUUCUUUUCUAAGCACACAUUUUCACUUUCUAUUUUCUGUACUGUAACAUGCAAUAAAUUGAUACAUU